CAGCACACGUAUCUAAGCACACAACGAAAUAGAACAGAACAACUACAAUACCCAAAAACGCAGCACAAGAACAAACAUAUCAACAACUCCAAAAUGGAACACGAUGAAGACGAAGAACCACCUCUUGCUGUAGAGAUUCAACAACAUAACAACGAUGAAUCCAUCUCUCAACAAUCUUCUGUUGGUGUCACUCUCAUCACUGGUUAUCUUGGUGCUGGAAAAUCCACGUUAGUGAAUCAUAUAUUGAACUCUCAACAUGGGAAGAGGAUUGCUGUGAUAUUGAAUGAGUUUGGUGAGGAAAUUGGAGUGGAAAGAGCUUUGAUAAAUGAAGGAGAAAGUGGUGCAGUUGUUGAAGAAUGGGUUGAACUUGCUAAUGGCUGUAUUUGUUGCACUGUUAAACAUAGUUUGGUUCAAGCCCUUGAGCAGCUUGUGCAGAGAAAAGAAAGGCUAGACCAUAUAUUGCUGGAAACUACUGGUUUGGCUAAUCCAGCACCUUUGGCAUCUAUUCUUUGGUUGGAUGAACAGUUGGAAUCUGACGUAAAGCUUGAUUCUAUCGUCACUGUAGUAGAUGCCAAAAAUGUUCGCUUCCAGCUCAAGGAGCACCGUGGCUCAUCUUCAUUUCCUGAAGCAUAUUUUCAGAUAGCAUUUGCGGACAUUGUAAUUCUUAACAAGGUUGAUUUGGUAUCUGCAGAAGGCUCUGGAGCUUUAGAGGAACUCGAGGAGGAAAUCCAUAACAUUAACACACUCGUAGAGAUAAUUCAUUCUGUGCGAUGUCAAGUUGACUUAUCUAAGAUAUUGAACCGCCACGCAUACGAUACUGCACAUGCCGCACAUUUAGAGGCAUUGUUAGAAGAAAGUCGUUCUUUGUCUACUAAAAAGCUUCAUGAUAGUGGCGUGAGAACCAUAUGCAUCUGUGAGACAGGAACAAUUGAUCUUGAUAAGACUCGUAUAUGGCUAGAGGAGAUUCUUUGGGAGAAGAAAUAUGAUAUGGAUGUAUACCGUUGCAAAGGAGUCUUAAAUGUUCAAAACUCUGAUGAAUUGCAUACUUUGCAGGCAGUGAGAGAACUAUAUGAGAUUGUUCCCGCUCGAAAGUGGAAGAAAGAAGAAAACAGGAUGAACAAGAUAGUAUUUAUAGGUCAUAAUCUGAAAGAAGAUGUUCUAAUCAAUUCCUUGAAAGCUCUUGCAACCUGUUAAGCUGUGUAUUUGUUUCCUUGUGUGGGUAUAAAGAUUAAUAGUUAACUGAUGAUUGUACGAUUCAAUCAAAUUAGUGUGUUAAUUAGCAGUGUUAUGUUAGUUUCUAGGAUUUUGAGAAACUUGUUAUAAAGUUAGUACUUAUGUUAGUUUUUAAGGUUCUGGGUUUGAACCCUAAACCUCUUUCUUAAAAGUUAUUUGUAAGGUUGAGUUCAUAUAUUAAUCUUAGGCUUUAUACUACAUGUCUAAUCUGUUUUCCUACCAUCUCCCCAAUUUUAAUGAUGGGUGGUACUGGUGAUGA